GUUGACCCGAAGUAUCCCUGUUUUGUUUCCUGUUCCAGUCCGUCACUCCGGUGGUACUGACCGGGUUUUAUGGCUCAGUCGUCGGCGCCCACGCCGGCUUGUCUACAUACCAGCCGCUGAGCAACGGAGCGGGUCGGUCGACUGUGACUUGCAAGUCAUCCUGACUUCAUCACUUGUUCGUUGUUGAAAUAGUUGCGGGUGUUGGUCCAGUCGAUCGUUUUAUCAGCCUGCUAGUUCGCGGGGCGAGUCGGCGAAGGAGUGGACCCCCGUGAGAGCACCUGCCCCGCCGCCGCCGCCGCCGCCCUCUCCCCACAUCCAGGUCCCGAACACCCGGUUAGCAACUCGCGAGCUAGCUGCCGCACUCGGACCCCUAUGGAGCCUCGAAACGCCGACGCGAGUGCCGAGGCGACGGUGCUGCUGAACCACGCCAAGACUCUGCGGCUCCACACCGGGAACCUAGUGAACCGGAGCCGCCUGAAGAAGAAGUGCCCGGGCUCCCCCGGCGAGGAGCUCCAAGACUGCAUUCAAGCCACGCUGAGCGACUGGUUUUCCACGACAAAGCCGCCAUCUGAGGACCUUCCAGAUACGCUGGACUGCUCCGUUUCCCAGGCAACCGAUGCCAUCACACCUGAGGAGCGGGAGGAGGUGAAGGUCUCAGUCAAGCUCUUCCUGUGUGAGUCGCUUCAGUCCUCUAUCAGAGACGCAGUGGAGAUGGCCUGCCAGACACUGGCAGUGUCCCAGCUUGACUCUGUGAUCAUAGCGCCACCUGGGCUCCUGGAGGGUGACAGUCAAACACUGGCUCACCUUCAGCCAGCCUGGGAGGAGCUGGAGACCCUGGUCAGGAGCCAGCGGAUCGCUGCCAUUGGCACCUCAGACCUGGACAAAGAUCUGCUGGAACAGCUCUACAACUGGGCGCAGGUGAAGCCCAGCAGUAACCAGGUCAACCUGGCCUCCUGCUGUGUGAUGCCUCCUGACCUGACCACUUUUGCUAAAGAGUUUGACAUCCAGCUGCUCACACACAACGAUCCCAAAGAGCUGAUGUCAGCCGCCACCUUCCAGGAGGCGGUGCAGGGUGGAACACAGGACCUGAACAUCACUGACUGGAGGCUGGAGUGGGUCCUGCGCUACUCUGUUAUUGUCAAGAGCAGGGGCAUCAUCAAGUCUAAAGGCUACCUGGUCAGUGCAAGGAAGGCGAGCCCCUAGCACACCCCGCCAGAGAAGAAGACACAGGGAUGAAGCCAAUCACACUCACCAACACAACAUGCAGUCACAGCUCCAAAUACUGGAUGCUGCAAAUCAAAAUGGGUCCUGAAGUCAUUGUUUUCAUCCUACAGAUAAGGUAGCCCGUUCAACAGAUGCAGGCAUUCAUUACCAUCGUCUCUGUGAGAUCAAGAAUAGGAGAUAAACGUGCACGAUCCACCCCUUCGUCAGUUUUGAGAUAUGAAACUGUAACAGAUGCCGGCUUUUACCGUGACCAGUACACUGACAGAUCACCACAGCAGAGGCGGCUUCAACUAUGGGAAAUGUUGGUCUCUAAACUUUGAUCCAAGCUGAAGGUUUCUUGACCCUGUUCUGAUGUGAAGUGCCUCCUCAUUUAUUCUUUGUAUCCUCAUGCCUGCUUUGUCUCUACAGUGUGAAUCGAGCUUUAAACAUGCAAGUCUGAAUGAAACGAUGAUGAUCGGUGAAGCAAAACAGGAUAGAAAUCUGUUGUUUUUAGUAAGUGAUUAUUCCAAACAUUUUGUAAGGAUAAAUGGAAACCCAUCUAGUAUCAAAAAAGUUUUAUAUUGAUUGCAGCUUUGAUUGCUACUGUAUUUAACAUCAUUCGCAUUCCACAAUUGAGAAACACCGUGCACUUUGAAAUUUCAAACCCAACCAGAUUUGAGCUGUUAAUUUUAUGAUGCAAACUGAUUAAGACUUUUAAGUUACAACUUAAAAUUGUAAUGUUUUCCAACCAUGCAAUGUUUUUGAGGAGUCAUUGGAAUGUGUUCCCCUCCGUGCUCGUGUGAUUAAUAUAACCAUUGAGAGUAGGGCACUACUUCGACAUUGACACAAUCAGGCUGGUGUAAUGUAGGUGUAGGUAUUCUUGCCCUGGAAAAAUAAGUUUUUCCUUAUAAAUUGUGCUUGUUUUUCCAGACAGGGACCAGUUAAUCUCUUGAAGACAAAUGAUCUGUUACGCUGUAAAUAUCCGCAUAUCCUGACCUGGCUUUAUUAAACUUAUGAAAUACA